UUGUCGGUGGACAUUGGAUCAGUGUUAUUUCUAGAAGAUACGACCAAUUGUCCCGGAAAAAAGAGCAGGGUAGGAACGCGUCGCCUGUUGGUAAAUUUCCUCCAUUUUGUAAGAGAAAUUGUAUUUAAGAAUAAAGAAGGCGCUUCGAUUGUUAUAUUUAUAAAUUUUAUUUGGAAUCGUUCACGUUUUGCGAGUGAAACUUGAAGAUUUAGGGCAAGAAAUUCCUCAAAUAGUGAAAGUCCGCUUCAGGAGAUCGUAAGGUCAUUUGGACAAUCUGCCGUCAAGAGGCAAAGAAAUGAAAAGGGAAUCGGAGGGUGAUAAGGAGGAGCGGCGGAAGCGAAGGAAAUCUCGUUGGGGUGGGGAUGAGAAGGAGAAAACCUUCAUUCCUGGUAUGCCUACUGUCUUGCCCACAAAUCUGAGCAAGGAACAAGAAGAAGCAUAUUUAGUUCAACUGCAGAUAGAAGAAAUCAGCAGAAAACUACGCACUGGUGAAUUAGGGAUACCAGUUAAUCCAGAAGAAAGGUCUCCUUCUCCAGAACCUAUUUACAGUAGUGAUGGAAAACGAUUGAAUACUAGAGAAUAUAGAACCAGGAAGAGAUUAGAGGAAGAAAGGCAUCAUCUGAUUCAACAGAUGUUGACACUGAAUCCUGAAUUUAAACCACCUGCUGAUUACAAACCUCCUAUCAUCCGAGUGAGCGAUAAAGUAAUGAUACCUCAAGAUGAUCAUCCUGAUAUUAAUUUUGUGGGCUUGCUGAUUGGACCUAGAGGAAACACUUUAAAAUCAAUGGAACGUGAUACCGGUGCAAAGAUUAUAAUACGAGGCAAGGGUUCUGUGAAAGAAGGGAAAGUUGGUCGUAAAGAUGGUCAGCCCCUACCUGGAGAAGAUGAACCUCUUCAUGCCUAUGUCACUGCAAACAAUCCUGAAGCUGUGAAGAAAGCUGUUGACAGAAUUAAAGAAAUAAUACGCCAAGGGGUGGAAGUUCCAGAAGGACAGAAUGAUUUGCGCCGGAUGCAACUUCGUGAACUUGCAUUAUUGAAUGGAACCUUGAGAGAAAAUGAAGGUCCUCGGUGUUCUAACUGUGGGGCAUCUGAUCACAAAUCUUGGAUGUGUCCUGACAAACCCAAUGUUACCAACAACAUUGUCUGUACAAGUUGUGGAGGUGCAGGACAUAUUGCAAGAGAUUGUAGACAGAAACGUACAGGUUUGGGUGCCACUACUGCAGGAGACAAAAAUAAAAUUGAUGAAGAGUAUAUGUCUCUGAUGGCAGAGUUAGGCGAAGGUCCUCCACCAAAUCGUGAAAACGACGGUGCUGCAGGAGCAGGUGGAACAGGGGGAAUUGGAAGUACUCCUAAGUUUGGUCCACGACGUACUGGAAUAUUUGAUCGUCAGAUGGCUCCUCGAGCUAUUAUGGCUCCACCUCCACGGGUCGAUCCUGUGCAGAUGCCUACUCCUCCUCAACUAAUUCCGAAUUCCCUUCCACCACCUCCUUGGUCUCCUUCUGUUCCUCCAGUUACCAAACCACCGGGAUCAGAAAUGAUGCCUAACCUGAACCAUCCACCUCCACCUGCUGCUCCUUCAAUGCCCAUGCCACCACCUUGGCAAACUGCCAAUAUUCCUCCACCAAAUUUGUUACAAGCACCUCCACCACCACCACCGACAAGUCAGCCACCACCAUCUGCUACUUCACAAGCCAGUAUACCUCCACUUCUGCCAUGGCUUCAGAGUCCUGCUCAGCCUCCACCACCAGGAUCUCAGCCACAACAACCUCUCCCACCCCCUCAGCAACCACAGCAACAGCAGCAACAGCAGCAGCCUCCGCCCACAACUAUGCCACCACCUGGUAUGCCUCCAUGGCAACAACCUCCACCUCCCCUUUCUUCUGCCCCACCAGGUCCUGUACCUCCUCCUGCCCGCCCUACUCCACCUCCACCUCCUCCUAACAUGUUUCCUUGGCAUCAGAACUUCAUUGGAGUUCCACCUCCACAACCAGUACAGCCUCCACCGCCAGCUUCUCAACCAAAUAAUCAGAAUAUGGACUUAAAUGCAUUGGCUGGUCUGCCAAGUUUAUUGGCAGCACCUCCACCACCACCACCUAGUUAAGAACACUAGAAUGUUGUGUGGUACCCUGACUUUUUUCCAUUUUGAAUGCACAGGUAUUAUGAGUGGAGUAUAGAAAUCUUAUAUUAUACUUAGUGAAAUUGUUUUGGAAAUGUAAAAUUAUGGCUAUGGAGAGUCAGUUUGUUCCAAAUGUAAAAAGCUCACUUUUUUCUUUUCAAGUAAUCAUUUUUAUAGCUGGUUUGUAAUUAGUCAUAGAGGUAUUCAUAAUUUUCGUAAUUACCUUAAAAGAUUGAAGAUGUUGAAAAAUGCAAAUUGCUCUUUUAAUUUCAUUAUAAUCGUUAAAAGUUUGCUGCAAAUAUUGUGAAUUAAUAAAUAUCCUUAAAUUUGUUUCGAAAUGUGCAAUACUGGCUUGUCUAUACUAUUGGAAAAAUUUUGAUAAGAUAAAGCAUCUCUGUUAUUAGUUUCUUUAAUUUGGUUCCUUAUAUGUUGAUGCAUAUUUCUGGUAAAGAUCUGCCUGUUUUGUUUUAAUUGAAGAUGCAGCAUUAUUAAAUUCAUUUUCAUUUGCUUUUAAAUUGCUGCAGAGUCAUAAUCUCAAGCAAUUUAAGUUUCUCAGCAAACGUACCACUUGAAGUUGUGUUAAAGAGUUCUUGCUGUCAGGCAGUGCCUUGUACAUGAAAUUGUCAGAAGUAACUAUUCUGAGGAAAGGGGUACAGCACAAUAAUGAAAAAGGCGGUUAAACAUAUUCUUGUUAAAACCACUUUGAGAAUUUAAAUUAAGUUUAAUUGCUUGAACAUUUAUUAAAGAAAUAAUUAAAGAUUUUGUGUCCUUCUUUGGAAAAAGAAUUGAAGCUCAAAAGAGAUUCAGAUUAUUUUUCUGAAACUUUCAAUUCAUAAUGUCCUAAUUUUUAAAGAUAUUCUAAAAAAUUUUUUCUUGCAAUCCGGAAUUUUAUAUUUCAUUGAGAUAUCAUUAAUUGUACAAAUAAAUUUUCAGGCAGCUAUAGUUUUAUGUUAAUGAUAUAUCUAAGAAUAUAUGCUAAUGUCUACUCUACCAAAUAGCUUCAGCUUUAAAUAAAAUGACAGGUUACUGUGGUGUAUAUUAACCUUUUCUCAGGAACUUUUGGAGAGAAGUUAUUCUGAAAUAUUGUUUUUUAUGAUAUAUACCUUACUACCAAACUUAUGAUAUAAUAGUUUACAAAGAAAGAGAACAUAAGACAAUCAUUAAAUACAACUUAUGUUCUCAGGUUUGUUUUGGAGUGUCAUUAUUCUCCAAACUUCAUUAAAAUCUCAACCAAUGAUCAGAAAAACUAGUAAUUGCAGAUGCUCUAAGAUUUUCUUAUUUGACUUAAUAGCCAGAUUUUCCUCGUAUUAAUGAAUUAUCAAUAUUUAAUAGAUACCUCAUUAACCUUCUGUUGUAUUUGUGUACACUUUUUUGCAAUGAUUAUUACUAAAUUGUGUAUAUUGAAAUAAAUAAAUAAAUAUAAGUUAAGGAGGUUUCCAUAUAGUAAAGUAGUUGUACUUAAUUUUUGAAAAAGUUUCCUGUAAUGAUGUUGAUAUGAUAAAUCGUGCAUGAAGUAUCCAGAUUUGAAUUUGAUAAUUCAAGUUCAUUAAAAUUUCCAAUUUAUAGUCUUACUGAAAGUUUUGAAUUCUUUGUUUGCUUCCUCAUAAAACAUUGUCUUUCUGCAUCCAACAAUAAUACAGGCCUUAAAAUUUGAACUUUUCUCAGUAUUUGAGUGUUUUCUCCUGUUCAUUGGUACUUUCCAGAUUUUUGGACGUGAACGGGAAAUAUUAUCAUUUUCAGAACUACUUUUGUGAAUACGGCUUGUGAAAACAUUUUAUUUUGCCUUUAAAAAAAAUAAAAGCUAGAAAAUAAUUAUUAAAAAACAUUUCAUGCAAUU